GUGGAAACCAAAGAUUGAUUCUUUUUUGAAAAUUUAAAAAUUCAACCGGGUCGUCAGGCUCGCUUCAUGAGCCUCGAUUCAAUUGGUUGGUUUUGUGACACCGUGAUAGAAGGGACUCUGUGAUUGGCUGAUCCGGCAAUGGCGGCCUGGGAGACGCACAGCCUGGUUUACUGGCAGCUGCAGGAUGUCUUCCUCACGCAACAGCAAAAGAUCCGGAGCUUCGGCCAGAUGAUAAAACAGCGAGAAGAGGAGUCAGUAAGCAGAGAGGAGUUUGACGUUGUUGUGAAGGAGUUGGAGAAUGAAAGACUUGAACAUGCUAAGACUAAAGCAUUACUUUUCAAGGAGUCUGAAAAACUGCAGUUUGCACUCGGUGAAGUAGAGAUUCUAUUGAAACAACUAGAUCGGGAAAAGAAGGCCUUCGAAAAUGCGUUGGAAAGCAUUAAAAACAAAGCAUUGAAGGAGUCAACCAAAAAUGACAAGUUAAUAAGCAAAUGCAAUGAGAUUGAAAAUCAGAUGGAAAAACAAGAUGAUAUUUUGACUACGAAAGAGGUUCAGAUUAAAGAACUUUGUCAUCUACUUGCAGAGCAGAAAGAAGCGUUAAAGCAACAGGUUACUGACUUCGAAAUACAGAAACAGCAAGAUGCUUAUAUAGCACACGUACUGAAAGGAAAAAAGAGGAAGACAUUUGGAAAGUUCCCUCAUGUUCCUAAGUAGCAACGUCCACACAGACUUGUAAAUAAACAUCAAUAUUUCAUCAAA